GGGGGGGUUGCGGAGUCAACAUUCUGUACCAAGCAAUGUACCGCAGUGUCGUCCUGCCGCCCUAUCCGACACAGAGAAAACUGCAGUACUGCAAAGUGUGGAGAGAGAGAAAGGGGAGCGCAAGAAAGAGGAGGGAGGGGGCUGGGAAAGAGGUACCGCACCAUCGUUAUGAGUCCAACUGGAGAGAGAGAGCGGAAGGGGAGCGACGCAUUAUUGCAGUAUAGUGCCAUCACACAAACACACUAACGAAAUUAGCGCACUAACCCACAAACCGACACACACAGAUACGCUUCCACACACUCGCCGGGAGAGGGGGAACAACGGUGGUGUUAGAUAAUUCUGAAAUUAGACCACCGGAAAAUAGUGAAAUUAUAUAAUUGGGUAAUCUAAAGGAACAUGAAAUCAGUUGUGUUUAGUUUUGAAGGGGAACGUGCAACCUAAACCAUUGGUGUGAUUUUGAGCAUCUCGACUCAGCAUUCUUGGAAUAUCACGACUUCUCUUGCAUAGAUUUAUUAUCUAAAGAAAUUCGCCAAGCAUCCUUGGAUUUAUCUCUUAUGGAUUUUACGAACUGAAAUUGAGAAUCUGUGCAUCAGCCGUAUUCACUUUCAACCUCUUGUUCCGCUGCCUUUCUUCGAGCGAAUUAUUACCCGACGCUUGCCUGGGUAUUGCGGUACUUUGGGGAUGACUUGCGGUGCUAAAGCAUUGCUUUGAGGUUACUGCAUCAGCUUCUGCAUUCGUUUGUUAUUAACGCAUCAUUUUAAUCAGUCGAGUCUCUGAGGUUCUGGACAUCUUAUGACGACAGCAGAGGUUUUUCCCAUUGCUUUUUUGUGAUUUCGCUUUUUACAUUUUUGACUUCAGACCCUUCGCCCUUCGUCUCUCGCGCUCUCCCUCUCGCCCCACCUCCCCUACCCCCACCGCUCACUGACAGUGAGUCAGUUCCAAGCAGCUGCAUAGAAGAUGUCUGCCCCAGAUGCUGCUCCCCCAGCUGGACCUCCCGGAGCCCCAGGGGCCCCAGGAGCAGAUGGAGCCCCAGGUGGAGGGCCCCCACCCCCUCCUCCCAACACCUCCAGCAACCGCAGGCUACAACAGACACAGGCCCAAGUGGAGGAGGUGGUGGAUAUUAUGCGGGUGAAUGUGGACAAGGUUCUGGAGAGGGACCAGAAGCUGUCGGAGCUGGAUGACAGAGCGGAUGCUCUCCAGGCCGGGGCCUCCCAGUUCGAGAGCUGUGCAGCCAAACUCAAGAGCAAAUACUGGUGGAAAAAUGCAAAGAUGAUGAUCAUUAUGGGUAUCAUUGGAGUUCUUGUGGUCGGAGUCCUUUUCUUGUACUUCUUCUAUUGAGUAAUCCCAGCAUGGCAGGACAGACAUGAGAGCGAAAUAGAAGAGAAGAAGAAAACAAAAUCGACCCAGAUCCAAACUCCAGUCCCGUCCCCUUUAUCCUCCACACCAGGUCUUCCAUCUAGCACUUAAACAUGACGCUAGUGUGUAGAUGUUGUUGCUCUCUUUUCUCUUCGUCCUCCUGCCCUUCUUUUUGAUCCAUCUUUCUUCCUCUGUUUUGGUGUGCUGUCUCACUCACUAUCUCCUGCCUCUGCGUCUCAUACAUUAUUGAAGUGUGCAGUAGGGAAAAAGAGAGCAGGAAGGGAAUGAAGGAGGGACGAGAUAAGAAACCCCCUGUGACACAGGGACAGAGAGGACUGGAGCAUACUGUAGGGAAAGAGAGAGAGAGAGAAAGCAGGAAGAAGUGAAAGAGAGAGAGCAUGGAGAGAGAGAGGGAGUGCAAGGAGAGAGCAGCAGAGAAGCAGUUAUUUCUAUCCUGAUACGCCAAAGCUUGUUCGUGUUACCUUUUGGAGAGCGUACCACAUUUGUAAAUUGAUACUGACAUACAGUACCUAACAACCCCUCCUGAUCCCGUACCUCAUACAACUACCAUUAUAAACACUAAUUACUAAUACAAGGUCAUGUUUAAGAGUAUGAUCAUUUUGUCAUGUGUGUGUGUGUGUGUGUACUUGUGAUCCAAAUCAGUGUAGCCAGUAGCUUUUUCCAGGGUUAGUUGAUGUAGGCCUUGACUGGCAUUCCUGCCUUUUCCUUUACCUCCCUCUUCCUCUCACUCGCUGACUGUGGUAUUUAAGAGAGAGAGAGAGAGAGAGAAUAAGAAAAGCCAGGAAGGAUACUGGAAAAGGCAGAAACCACUUUUGGGACACUGACUUUUAGUAUAUCUUUAUUCUUGUACCACAGACAGACAGACGGACAGUUAGCUAGAUUGACAUUGACAGACAGAAACAGACAGUCUGUACCUACAUAGAGUAUUCUUUCAGGAGUGCAGACAAAAGUCUAUAGAGUAUUAACUCUGGACACACCUGUAGGCAGGUCUGUGUAAUAAAACAUAGUACAUUUUUGAUUGAUUAGUGAGCAGCUUUACUGUGUUGUGGUUGUGUUCAGACACUCUUGUACGUUCUAGUAGAGAGGGUACAGGGUUAGGGAGGAUUGGUUCAAUAGACUGUCCCCUAUCUGGAGAGGACAUAACCAAAUAACCCCCCAAAUAACCCACUUCCUGCACAUCAAACCAACAAAAACACACACACUGUUACCUACAGUAGCCAAUAGACUGUUACCUAUAGUAGCCAAUAGGCUGUUACCUACAGUAUCCAAUAGGCCCAAUGGAAGUAGUGUUUGUGUCUUACUUGACUUGCAUGGCAGACGAUGUCCAUAGUUUUGCCUAUUUGUGUGACCUAUGUAUCUGCCAUUUCUGAAACUUAACUGCCGAUUGUACAUUUAUUUUGUUUGGUUUAGUGGUUUUCAGGACCUGUGUAUAGGCUACUGUAGCUAUGCGCCCAAUUAGUAACUCAUGCGUAUGCAAUGUAAUGAAGCUCAAGAGUUUGCCAAAUUUUUGUUGCUCACAUGCUUUCAAAAUAACUAAUACACAACCAGAGAACAAUGGUUGCUACAGUAGUAUUCUGUCAGGGAAAAAACAAAAAACGAAAACCAUAGUAGCGUACAAGUAGUACUAUAAAGUACUUCAUCUUUGCCAGACUAUUGCUCCUGAAAAUGUGAUUUUUAGUUAGUUUAUAUUUUACUUUUGGUGUUGGAUAUUCCAGAAAAUAUAAUUUCUCUCAAUGGUUGAUAGAGGGACUGUUUGACACAUUGUACAAAAAAAAAAAUGAAAAAUAGCUAUGUGUAAAUUGCAUUUCUGAAUGAAAAUAGUGGUGAUUCCUCAAAACAAUGAUCUAAUAAUAUUGUGCAAUAAUAUUAUUAGGUAAAUAAAUGAUACAACAUGAUAAUACUGGGAGAGAUACAACUGGAUCAUGAGAAUUCUUUAAACGCAUGCUUACCACCUGAUGCUAAUAAACAAAAUCAUCAACAUGAA